UGUCGAGGUACUGCUUGUAAUGCAUUACUAAUCAUACAGUACUAUUUUGAUGCGACUAUAUUAAUGUGUUAGGUGAAUUUUACUCCAUAAUUUUAUUUUUACAAACAAACGUAUAGUCUAUUAGACAGUUUCGAAUUUCGAAAGUAGCACACAAUUUUUGAGGAUUUUUUUCGAAAGUUGGUCUUCCUUGUAUGAUUCCAUGCGUUUCAGACAUUUCCACACCACCAUCAUACGCUCGUCGCAGAAAAGAACAAGAAUUAUUUCACGGAGUGCUACGCCGCCGCGCCGCGGUACUACCUACUUCUUCGAUCCACCGGCCAGUAGGGAGCCGCCGAGGCCCAAAAGCAACAAAUUUACAGACUCUGACAUAGUGAAAUGCAACAUUGCUAUCACAAGCCACUUGCGCAACGGCCAAUGCGACGCCGCCUUACACUUGUUCAACUCCAUGCCUCGCAAAUCAACGAUCUCCUACAAUACUAUGAUAUCCGGUUACUUGUCCAAUGGCCAAUUUAAGUUAGCCCAACAGGUGUUCGGUGAAAUGCCUGUGAAGGGUUUGGUCACUCGGAAUAUAAUGAUAAGUGGUUAUAUUAAGAACAAGAAUCUCGGAGCUGCCCGGCGGCUGUUCGAUGAAAUGCCAGAGAAGGAUGUUGUUUCAUGGAACGCGAUGUUGUCUGGGUAUGCACAAAACGGGUUCUUGGAUGAGGCUAGGAGAGUUUUUGAUGUGAUGCCGGAGAAGAAUGAGAUAUCUUGGAAUGGGAUUCUUGCGGCCUAUGUUCAAAAUGGGAAGAUGGAGGAGGCAAGGAGGUUGUUUGAGAGUAAAGAGCAUUGGGCGCUGGUUUCUUGGAACUGUUUCAUGGGAGGUUACUUGAAGAAGAAGAGGUUCGUUGAAGCAAGACAGAUUUUCGAGCAUAUGCCUGUUAGAGAUGAAGUUUCUUGGAAUACGAUGGUUACAUGUUAUGCACAAAAUGGGAAUAUGAAAGAAGCAAGGAAAUUGUUUGAAGAAUGUCCAAGCCGUGAUGUGGUCACGUGGACGGCAAUGGUUUCGGGCUACAUACAAAACGGGCAGUUGCAUGAAGCCAGGAGGCUUUUUGAUGAGAUGCCAGAGAAAAAUGUCAUUUCGUGGAAUGCAAUGAUUGCAGGAUAUGUGCAAAGCCAGAAUAUGGAUUUGGCAGGAGAGUUGUUUGAAGCAAUGCCAAGUAAGAAUAUUAGUUCUUGGAACACUAUGAUAACUGGUUAUGCUCAAACCAACGAUAUUGCCAAAGCUAGGCACUUAUUUGAUAGGAUGCCACAUCGGGAUUGCAUCUCUUGGGCGGCAAUCAUAACUGGAUGCGUUCAGAAUGGUGAUAGUGAGGGUGGAUUGCGGAUUUUUAUUGAGGCAAUCAGGGAUGGGGAAAGGUUAAACAGAUCUGCAUUUGUUUGUGUUUUAAGUACAUCUGCUGAUAUUGCUGCUUUUGAGCUUGGUAAGCAAAUACAUGGGCGUGUAGUUAAAGCAGGAUUUGAGUCCGGCUGCUAUGUUGGAAAUGCUCUUCUUUCCAUGUACUGUAGGUGCGGAAGAAUCAAGGAGGCCUAUGAAGUUUUUGAGAUAAUUGAGGAUAAGGACGUGAUCUCGUGGAAUACAAUCAUUACUGGUUAUGCAAGACAUGGCUUCGGCAAAGAGGCUCUCCAACAUUUUGAGUCAAUGAAACAAGCCUCUAUACAACCUGAUGAAGUUACCAUGGUUGGUGUUCUAUCUGCUUGCAGUCAUACCGGCUUGGUGGACAAGGGAAAACAUUACUUCUACUCCAUGAGCAAAGAUCACGGCAUAGUGCCAAACUCAAAGCAUUAUACCUGCCUGGUUGAUCUCCUAGGUCGAGCUGGGCUGCUAGACGAAGCUCAAAACCUAAUGAAAAGCAUGCCCUUUGAUCCAGAUGGAGCAACGUGGGGAGCUCUCCUUGGUGCUAGCAGGAUUCAUGGAAAUACAGAACUGGGAGAAAAGGCUGCCGAAAUGAUCUUUGCUUUGGAGCCAUGGAAUUCUGGGAUGUAUGUUCUUCUUUCCAACUUAUACGCAGCUUCAGGGAGAUGGAAAGAUGUUAAGAAGUUGCGUUUAAGAAUGAGGGAUACGGGUGUUCACAAAACUCCAGGAUAUAGCUGGGUUGAAGUGCUAAACAAGAUUCACACGUUUUCUGUAGGAGACUCGACCCAUCCUGAUAGUGGAAGCAUCUAUGCCUUCUUAGAAGAGUUGGAUUUGCGGAUGAAAGAAGAGGGAUAUGUUUCAGCCACAAAACUGGUACUGCAUGAUGUGGAGGAAGAAGAAAAGCAGCAUAUGCUCAAGUAUCAUAGUGAAAGACUAGCUGUUGCUUAUGGGAUUAUGAAGAUCCCGAGCGGGAGAGCUGUUUGCGUUUACAAGAACUUGCGCGUCUGUGAGGACUGCCACACCGUGAUCAAGCUCAUAGCCAAGAUCACGGGGAGAUUGAUCAUCUUACGUGAUCCUAAUCGCUUUCACCACUUCGAGGGAGGGUCAUGCAACUGUGGUGACUAUUGGUGAAUGCAGUUUCUACAUUUGGCCCGAUUCAUGGUCUUGAAUUCCUGCAGUAAAAGAAUGCAGGAGUGAUGAAUUAUUAAAUUUUUGUUUCAAUUUGUAUAUAUAUUUUAUACUUGUACACCAAUUUUGUUUAAGGUUUAA